AACUGUUCAAACGGGUCACCACCAACUGCGACCAGCAGCGCACUUGAGACAAGCGUGAAGGCCCGCCGAGUCCAGCAAACAGCACCGUCUCAAUCCCCACCUCUUCCCGGCUCCGGCGGCCGCGCCACCAUGGCUUCUCCUGCGGGGGCUAACAGCGGGGCCUCCUCCUCGAGGGGGACACCCUUGCCGUUGCCCUUCCCCUUCCCCGCUGCGGCCCACUUCCCCUCCCGCGGCGCCGGUCCCUUCCUGUCGCAGCACCAUCACCCGCCCGUCACCUCCGAAGGCGACGAUGAGGUCGAAGAAGACGAGGGAAGCAUGGACGAUGACAGCGCCGAAGAGGAUGAUGCGGAGCUGUCCGACGGUGGGGCUCGCGGCUCGCCGCAGCGACGCGCCUUCUCCGCGCCAGGUGAACCAAGGGUUUGCGCAGAGGCUUUCAGGUAUUGGACGCACGGAGAUGAAUGGGGAAAUUGCAGUGAGGUCCAUCCAAGAGGGGCAGCAAUGGCACCAAUUUGGGCUUGCAUCACCAGGAGUGGAUGAUCCUGGUACCAUCCCCAGAGAUCUGAGGGGGGAGAAUGGGUAUGGAAUUGUUGGAAGAAGAGAGGGGGGUCCUGCAUCUAGCUAUUGGGACCUGCUGAGAGCGCACCUCUCUGAUCCUUUGACAGGUAUUCUCAUGGAUGAUGCAAUGAUUUUAUCAUGUGGCCAUUCAUAUGGAAGUAGUGGAAUGCAGCAUGUCUACAGAAUGAAAGCUUGUGGUAAAUGUGGCCUGCCAAUUACCGAGGCCUCCAUUCGACCAAACUUGGCUCUUCGCCUUGCAGUUCAGGCAUUCAAACGUGAAGAAGAUUCAGCAAAGUCAUUGAAAAGAAGAAGAGACCGCCUUGAACUGGAUAAAUGUGGCGAUGACGAUCCAAAUCGAACUGACCUUGCUAGUAGAGGUAAAGGUGUGCAGUUUCCUUUUGCUGUCUUCGACCGGGUCAUAAUCAAGGGAAACAAGAGGACCCCGGAACGGUUUGUGGGACGUCAGGCAGUUGUGACAGCGCAGUGCUUAAAUGGAUGGUAUGUUGUGAAGACUUCAGACAACGCAGAGAGUGUGAAGCUGCAAUACCGUUCCUUGGCAAAGGUUGCUGACGGCAAUGGGCCUUCUGGUCUGGUCUCAAGCAACACCCAAAGUUCAAGCUGGCUAUGAGCUACACACAGUAGGGGUAGCAGUCCCCCAAGCCCCCUGCAGCACCAGAAACACCUCUUCAAAGUUCAUGUAUUCGCUGAGGUUCUGCAAUGACGCGAACAUGCUAAAUUCAGAUUAGGUUUACUUUGCCCCUUUGCUCUUUAUGUACCCAAGACAAAAGACACAGAUCUUGUGAGUGUGACCAAAGAAAUGUGAGUACAGUACUCAGCAGUGUUGGAGUACCUUUUUCCUUUCA